CGUGAGCACCGGCGCGCGCCUUCUCGGAUAGAGAACUCCGCAGGGUUUGUCACGCCUGUCCCGCGGCUCACUCUCAGUGACAGUUAUUAGCAGUGAAUCUGUCAGAAGAAAUGCGUUAGCAGCGCACACGGAGGAGCCGGUUUCUGUGUUUCUGGAGAAGUGGAGAGGAUUAGUAAUAAUGCUGUGCGGAGUCAACAAGAGAUCCCCCCUGUAGCUACUGCACUUGUGUGAUGAUGGCAGCUCUCCAUGCCCAUUGUGAAGAUGGAAGGAAGAGGAAGACGUCACUGUAAAUCCAGAAAACUCCACGGUCACAGCUCCAUGCUCUAGCCUUCCUGUUUUUCAUACCUCAGAUGAGUGCGCUCCUUCUUCCUUGCCUUCUCCUGCCUGAUGACACCUACAAGUUUCAGCGCAAGUCGUCGCCUGCCGCCUUCUUGUGGAUUUCACUUGUUUGUUUUUGUGAUUUGCCUCUGAUUCGUAGAGGUCAGGGAUGGUGGAAGAGGACGGUCAUGUGGUGUAGGAGAAAACAAGAGGCCCAGACUUCGGAAUGCCACAGGCCGUCUCACUGCUGCUCUUCCUGCUGGCGCUCAUGGGAUAUGCUUUUGCAGGGCUCAAUAUCUGGCCCUCUCUCCACGUUGCCCUUAGCAACGCCAGUGUAUUUGUGGACUUCAGCACAACAUCCAACAUCAGCACCAUCCGCGACAUAAGCCUCUCUCUGGUCAACACGGAAACCAACACCACCCUCCUGACCAGGACUCUUCCUAACAACCAAUCGGCCGGAAGGGUGGAGUUCGACUGCUCCUGCUUCCUGUACGGAGGAACUUUCAGGUUCCUGCUGAGGCAAACCAGCACAGCUGCACUUUUUCAUGCUAAUGGAACAGAUGCCAGUAACACGGAGAGCACCACCUUGUGGUGGAGUUCAGAACUGCGGGUGCAGUGGCCUACCUUUCACAUCGCUGUGGAGAGGGCUGGAAACCACUCAGGAUCUUUUCAGGUUAGGAUAUCCACUAACGAACACUUUCAGGCUUGUUCCAGUGGCCUCGAUUCUGCUCUCUUCCUCGAGGUCAGCUACAUGGAGUACAACCAGAUUGGGCGAAACAGCAUCGACAAGGUCCGAGCCCGCACACGACACCCAAUCAAACCCCUCCGCUCCCAGAGUGUCGAGCUGUCCUGCGCCUUCCCAUUCACAGAAAGAGACUUCAUACGAGUGGCUCUGUGGUCUCCACAUGCAGCACAGGAGGUGAAGAGCUCCGGACCUCUCUACCUGUCGCGUAUCUUCUCCUAUAAACUGCUGGUGGAAAACGCCAACGCUUACAAGAGCGGUUGUGAAGGGACUAUGACUGUUAAGCUCAUAACCCCACCGUGUGCUCACAUCAUUGGGAAAGUAUUGCUGUAUAAGGAUGUAGCCGUCACAAGAGGGGCUGCUGUUUCCUCUGGGAUUGGACCAGGUGGAACUGCACUGAUGGGGUUUGGUCCAGAGGAGCCCUCCUCUCCUCCACUGGCCUUUAACUGGCUGACUCAGGGAGAGAACGAGACAGAAUUCAACUGCUCUGUGUUUUACCCAGGAAGGAAUAAGUACUGCUUUCGCUUUGUCUUCAACUUCAGUCGUUCCCCUAGUCCAGCACAGACCUGUUUGGUGGUUCACAAGAGUGCAGAGUCAUGGGGGCCCUGGCAGCCAUGGAGUGUGUGCAGCGUGAGCUGUGGAGAGGGGGUGAGGGAACGAGUGCGCAAGUGUUUGCUGCCCUCAGGUGUGGGAGGGUUGCAGUGCACUGGCAUGGUGAAGGAACAGUCUGUCUGCUCACUGGAGGACUGUGCCGUGUUGCCCCCUCCUUCUCCAUCCCUCCCCCCCGUACCUGUCGGAGUUGCACCCCUCGGCGGUAACGUGGUCGUGGUGGCCGGUAUCUCUCUUUGCCUGGCUGUGAUUCUAGUCACCGUCGUGGUGACAGUGUGGAGAAAGCUUUGCCAGACCCCUCAGUGCAGCUCCGUCCGCAGAGGCUCCAUGCACUCCCCCGGGGGACGCAAGCUCUCAGACGAGGCCUCCAUCUGCGCGCACAGCCUUCAAAGGCCCAGCCUUUCUGACGGCCACGGCCUACCGACGAGUGUGGGCCAGAAAGACAGGCCUUCCCUGGGUGGUCAGCCUCUCUCACAGACCUUGGUGAUACCUCUCUCACAGGACCCAGAAAGGCUGUCUCCCACAGGUCAGAAGAUGUUGCCACCAAUAUUUGGGUACCGACUGGCUCAGCAGCAGUUGAAAGAAAUGAAAAAGAAGGGGUUAAAGGAGGCCACACAGCUGUACCAUGUCUCCUCAAGCCCAGUCCAUGACACCUUGGUGGAGACGUCUGCUUCACCCACCAACUCCCCGACUCCCACACCAACUGGAUUUGUUCAUUCUGCCCUCCCUUUGGGCCUCCAGGAUGACACCAACCACAACCAUUUUCGUAUUGCAGCUCCCUUUUCUGAGCUGCCAUCGCAGACUUCGAGGGUCAUGCCGGACAGACUGAGUCCCAGAGUGGACCUGGUCUUAGGUCCUCCUGUCUCUGCAAGUGGGGGCAGCUCGAAAUGGCGUGACCGCACUGCUGACUGGGUGGAGAUGGUGGAGAGGAGCGGGUUAGCAGGUCUCAGAGGAGGAGGAGGAGAUGUAGGAAUGGGAAACUCCAGUCACAAGAAUCCAAAUUUCCGCCGGACCUCCAGUUUCAAUGAUACCAAACCUCAGCCUCCAUCUUCUGCGCAUUCCAGACAGUUCAGAGAACGGAGCAUGACCCAGGUGGGAUCUCGGACCCUUCCUGAAGGAAGUUCCUGGACCAAAGGAGGAUGGGAGAGGCAGCCUUUCCGCUCUUAUCCCAUUCCAGAGCAUGGGGCUUCAGAGUGGGUUAAAUCCAGACCCCAGAGAAAUGACCAGAGGAAGCCCUGGAUAGAGACAGCUGUUCCCUCUCACAACAGUGAACUCAAACACACCGGAACCAACACAAACAGCAUUUCAGCAUCUGAGAAACACACUAAAGGAGACCUCAGCAGCACUGGGGAAAGGCAAAGAAGUGGUGAGCCUGGAGGUGGAGGUAGAGAAGGGAUCUCAGGGAUUGGGGGGCCAACCGUAGUGCACCAGCUGAGCAUCGAGCGGGCAGAGCAGAACUGGAACCGCCGCGGCCCCUCGCCCAUCCAGAGGAACAUCCUGGCCCGGAAGUUAAAGGAGGCUCAGUCCUGCUCUGGGGUCAAGGGGCGACAGCGGAGCUCCACCUUUAGCGUGUCGUCCUCUGAGCAGAGGAAAGGUCGCUGCCACUCUCUGCCCAUGUCUGGAGACUACAGCAACAGUGGCGGCUCAUCCUACAGGCUGAGCGAGGCAGAGCAGAGGAUGUUGGACCUGGAUCUGUCCUCAUCAUAUGUGGGGGAGGAAGGUUAAAUCAUGCAGGUUUGUAGCAUUAUACCUGGUUUAGGGUUAGGUAUUUACAUUUACAUUUAUUCCAAACCUAAAUCUUCUCUGCUAAAUCUGUGACUUUAACCUAAGACACACGCAUCAGUGAAGAUUGUUAAGAGAUUUUGUUCAUCUAUGAGAAAAGAUGAGAAGAAAAAUCUGAUAUUUAAGUUUAUUCUAUUUCAAAAAAAGUUUUUCUAUUGCAUUGUAAUUGUUUUAAUAUUUCAUUUUUUUUACUGUCAUUGUUUCUCUUUUUUAUAUCAAGUACUGGUACAGUAUUCAUCAUAUUAAGUCAGAUUUAAAAUGGCCAUGUACCUACAUCUGUAUACACUGUUAAACACAAGCUCCAUCACUGACAGAAGACUGGUUCUACACUGCUGAAUGUGCUGUUUAUAUCAUGCUGUGAAGUCAUGCUGUGCUCUCACUAUGAUAUAGUUUACUGUUAAGGGACCUUUUGAAUGUGUGAUCUAAUCAAUGUCAGUGUGUGUUUUUUUACAGCAGUUGUAUCCGGACGUGACUACAUUUGAGAACAGUCAGAUAUGAACAUGAGCGAGGCAGCACAGCUGAGAUGCUGUUUGCUUUAUUGUUUGAGUAAUGUCAUACACUUUAUAGAAAAGAAGUGCUUACUGGAAAAAAGAUACUGUACCAUCAACAUUUUAUAAUAGUUUCAAACUAUGAAGCAAAGGGAGAAAUUUAAACAUUUUGAUUUAAAACA